GACUGACCGGGGCGGGCGGGCGGGCGGUGCUGGUGAGGUGGUGUCGGUGAUACUCUGACCUUUCCAAUUCCUGAAUAAUUACAGUGGUUAGCAAUGGCUGCACAGAUAUCAGAAACAGACCAGAUAAAACAGUUCAAAGAAUUUUUGGGCACGUACAACAAACUAACAGAACACUGCUUUAUGGAUUGUGUAAAGGACUUCACAAAUAGGGAUGUGAAAGCAGAAGAGAUAACUUGUACAGAGCACUGUCUACAGAAAUAUUUGAAGAUGACGCAAAGAAUAUCGAUGCGUUUUCAAGAAUAUCAUAUUCAACAAAAUGAAGCUUUAGCGGCUAAAGCAGGACUUAUUAGCCAACCUCGAAUAUAAAAUGGACCAAUUUGGAGGAAGGCACAAACCAAUGCAAAACAGCAUUCACAAUGGUGGAAGAAUAGCCAUGAUGUUUUUUAUGCCUACAGCGCUUGGUGCCAACUAAGAUGCAAUUAAUAAAUUCUUACAAUCAAGUGAAGGUACAAGAAAACAGGAAUUUGUUAUCUCCAGUUGACCAAAUGCGGUUUAUUUUGAAAGUAAAUAAACGGACCAUGUACUUUUC